AUGUUGACAGUAUUCGUCCAUCUUAUACAAAAUCCAAUAUUAGUUAUUGCUCAAUCAAACCAAUUUAUACCAACAGAUAUAUCUAAUUCUCGUUCAACAAGAACAGUAUCAACAACAAUAUUUACAAUGCUAAAUAAGAAUAAUAAUGAUAAUGUUUAUGAAAAUGAAAAUGAAAAUGAAAUUGAAAAUAAUGCAGAAAAUAUCUAUGAUGAUGACGAUGAAAUAGAAGAAGAAGAAGAUGAUUUUAGUAUUGAUUCACCUUCAAAAACUGUUCCACAAUCAAAAUUAAAUAAUAGUAUAACAUCAUAUUUAAAUGAAGACACACAAUUCAAUGAAUAUGAUGAUGAAAUAAGUUCAUAUCAAGAUGAUGGCGAUGAUGUAAAUGGUUACAUAUUUACCAAUGCAAUACCUGUUAAUAGACCUGUAUCUAAACAUCCAAUAAUCGAUUCUAAUAAUAAACAAUCUUUAAAUUCUCAAUCAACAUCUCGAAUGCCAAGUAUUUCAUCACAUAUAUUUCAUAUUCUAUUAUCUAGACCAGCUAUUCUUGUUGGUAUUAUUGGUGGAAUUUGUAUUGGUAUGGUAUCAGCUAUUCUUCUUGUUAUGUUUAUUGUUUAUCGAAUGCGUAAAAAAGAUGAAGGUUCAUAUGCAUUAGAAGAAGGACCAAGAAAAUCACCAACACAUGCAUAUUCAAAAGUAUCAUCAAAAGAAUUUUAUGCUUAA